CCCGCAAAGCAUUGAAGAUUUUUCUGAUGCAUGCUUGACUAAUAUUCCCGGCCAGAUUGAUACUGCUCCAGUCCACAGUACCGAAGAAAUCCCGAUCGUUCAACCCCUUGGCGGCGAUGCCGGGACCAAACAAGAAAUCCGAAAAAAAGAAUGACUUCUUAAAUGCCGGCCAUCUCCCGAAGUUUGGGUUUGAGUGGUCGUCAAAUUCUCGAGAGCAGGCACACCCCCCCAAAAGAGCCAAGCAAAUAGCCUCAUCGAUGCACUCCCGCCAGUCUGUGUCAGUUUGACGAAACUCCCCCUGAGCCGCCACCACAAGCCCUAGGAGACGCCACUGCCGUAUGCCACCCGCCUCACUAGAGCCGGAAUAGGAAAAUGGCCGCGUUUUUCGUGGAUGGCGUCCCUGUUGCGAUUCCGCCGCCUCCAGGUUACGUGGUCGACUUUGACAACCCGCAGCGCAACAGCGUGGUCGCGGCAUACGCCAUCUUCGGCGUCGGCAAUUUCCUCUGCCUGCUGUUCAUGCUGCAGCGGGCCUACGUCAAGCUUAUCCUCCAGAAGCGGGUGCAGAUAGAAGAUGGCUGUUUAUUCGUCGCCUACGCCUUCUCUCUCACCGUCCAGUGCUUGAUAAUACGUGACUUUGCCCGGGGCAUCCACGGGACGCACGGGUGGGAGAUGCCGCUUCCCAAGUUCCUCCUCUUCGUCGAGGCGCUGUACCAGCUGCCGAUCCUCUACAACCCGGUGCAGUGCGGGGCCAAGCUGGCGCUGCUGCUGCUGUACCGGCGGCUGGCGCCGAUGCGCUGGUUCCAGAUGCUGGUGUGGGCGGUCGGGUUCGUCGUCGUCGGGUCGUCGGUCGCCAUCAUGUUCACCACCAUCUUCCCGUGCCGGCCCGUCGCCGCCGCCUGGGACCUCACCAUCGAGAAUCCCACCUGCGUCGACCGCCCGGCCGUCUACAAGGCCACCGCCAUUCUUGGCGCCGUCACCGACGCCUUGGUGCUGGCUGUGCCCAUCCCCAUCGUCUUGAUGUUGCAUGUCUCGAGGAGGCAGAAGAUCGGCCUCGUCCUGGUUUUCAGCAUCGGUACCAUUACCGUGUUCACGUCCAUCAUGCGACUCCUCGCCCUGAUCAACUCGAUGGGAAACGAAGACCAGUCGUGGGGAGGAGGGCCUGUACUGUUGUGGAUCCUCGCCGAAACCAACCUCUCGUGCAUAUGCGGCUCCCUCCCGACCCUCAAGCCCUUCAUCACCAACAUCGCCCCGCGCCUGCUCGGCAGCAAGUCGGCGCCGUCGGGCGGGCUAUCGAACCCGAGCGCGCCGCCGACGUUCGGCAGCGGGCCCGCGCUGCAGGGCGGCCGGCACGGCAAGUACAGCCGCUUCGACGACGCCGGCAUGUACCCGCUGGAGACGGUCGUCGAGGCCGAGGGCGGGCCCGGCAAUGGGUCGCGUAGGGUGGAGCGUGGUGGCGCUAGCGGUACCCACGAGGAUUCGGGCUCGGAUGGCUGGGAUGGGCGCGGUGACGGGAGCUCCGAGAAGGCUAUUGUGCAGACGCGCACGACUACUGUGUCGUAUGCCAAUAGGGAGUGAUACUGGGCUUGUGGCUGGGGACGGGUGAGGGGGAGGGCUUGUUGCUGGACUGGAUCUGUCGUGUCUUGCGGGUGUCUUAAAAUUGAUAUUGGAGUAUGGAGGGAUUGUAAAAGUUAGAGUGUAUACCCCAUGCUAAAGCGUGCGAAUGUAAAAUCUAGAGUCUAAAAUGUUACUUAUCUGCUGGCCAAGAUCAGUCAAUUCCUAG